CCCCGCUCCGGGAUCCUACAGCACGGACUGGUAGAAGCGCGGAAGCUCUUUGCACAAAUUGUUUGUUUGUUGAAACAUUUUUUGCCCUUUUGUUUUCAGUGUUGCUGAACCUUGAUCUCCGGAUGUCGACGACUCACCGGGACGGUCCUCCACUCACGAGGGAGGGGCAGGUGUUGGCCUACGUGUGGGUCCUGAUACCCCUGCCAUGCUGAAGUAUAUUACAGUACAGUUGCAAUGGCACAAGACAAGUGACCGCCGGACUGGACCUGACUCCGUGGAUACAGGCUAGACUACAGUCAGCAGGGUUGGAUUUUGGAUUUAUUUCACUGUGGAUAUAUCAGUUUGGAAUCUGGUGUAAAUCCCAUGUGACAGAUACCCUCGCUGAAUCUGCAGAUCUUGGAUAGUGGAUAUUUUCGUGUAUUUUACUGGAGGACCGACGUUGGGUCGAGCAGUAGAGUUGCUGGUGGAUAAUUGCGGGAGUUGGGAGUGUUAUUCCGCGGAAAACGCAGUUCCACCUGUCAGGAGGACGCAGCGUAGCCCGCCGCCUCUGCCGUGAAAUGGAUGGCCCGCAGAGCAGUAGCAUCCGGAAAAAACGGAAGUCUCGGUCAGAGCGUGACCGUGAGAGGAGGUCUAACGGGAUCCGGAAUAACCGUGUCCGGGACUCGGUGCUUCGAUUCUCCUCGGAUUCCGAGCGGGAACACAGCACCAAUCCCUCCUCCUCGCGACCCAGACCGCCAAGGAGGAAGAAGAAGGAGUCUCCCUCUGCUGAGGAAGACCUCAUUGACGGGUUCUCUAUAGUGGGAUUUAUGACAUUGGAAGCCCUUCAGAGGGACAUGUCUCUGAAGCCUCAUGACCGGACCGAGACCCAGGAUGAGAAGUUACAGAAGAAGCGAGCCGGCCGGGUUCCUAACGGGCUGAGCGUGGACCCGCGGAAGAGCCGCCACCUCCACCACAGCCAGCAGCGCCACUCAGACCAAGAGAACCGGCCCUGUCUGGGCCGGACACAAGGCCGCAAGAAAAAAAACCUCAAAAACAGGCAUGGCACGCUAAAGCCAGGGCAGAACAACUGUAAGACCACUGAGAGUGAGAGCGUGAGUGAGGACUCCAGACCUUCCAUCCAGAGCAGCUCCAGAGACAGACUGACAGAUAGCCAGGGGGCCUUUGACAGGUGUGACAGUGAGAGUGACCAAGAAGACAAGGGCUCCGAUGCCAGCUCUGAGAAACUCUUCAGAACAGCUGCGGUUAAAGAUUUUGCUGCUCAUACUCUGUCCAUCAACGCCUCUCAGGAUCUGCACGGUCUGGUCGUGCCCAAGGUCUCAGGCUUAGAGCGCAGCCAGGAGAAGAGUCAGGACAGCUCACUGGCCACGCCCCCGUCUCUGGGGCCGUCCGCCCGGGCCACGCCCCCUCAGCCCCCCCGCCUCGCCCCGCCGCUGCCGAGCCGGCCCCUCCCCCCACCCUCGCGCACGCCCACCAGCUCCGCCCAGACCCCGCUAUCCCGACCAGAGCGUCCGCCUCGGCGGGCCACUCUGUCUGUCGCCCUGCCUCUCGCCCAGGGCGACAAGCCUUCCCAGGCUGCCCUGAGCCGGCCCGAGCUCCUGCCCCCUGCCCCAGGAAUAAGCCACCAUCGGGCCUCGCCUCUGUUACCCGCCCAGCAGAGUCACGGCCAGCCGCCGCAACACCAGCUGCUGUCCCGCUGUCUGUCACGCCCGCUUUCUGCCUACGGCAGCAGCGUCGCCGUCAACGGCCUGCGUAGCCGGAGCAGUACCCCAGGGAAGCCCCACGGGCCCACCCCAGGCCCCCACCACCAAGCUGCCCCCUCUGGGGCGUCGUCGUCAUUCCCCCUGCCAGCGAACCCCAGCGCACCCCACUCCUUCCCCCCCUCCCUGCAGCGCUCCACACAGUCUCACCACCCCAAUAUGUUUGCUCCACCCACCGCCUUGCCACCUCCACCUCCGCUGACCUCCAACGCCCUGCCUGUGCCAGGACACACAGCCGGCACCGCCUACUCAGAGCAAGAUCUCCUCCGGCAGGAGCUGAACACGCGUUUCCUGGCUUCUCAGAGUGCGGACCGCGGAGCAUCUCUGGGUCCUCCUCCCUAUCUGCGCACGGAGUUCCACCAGCACCAACACCAGCACCAGCACCAACACCAACACCAGCACACACACCAACACACACACCAACACACCUUCACACCUUUCCCCCACACCAUCAUGCCAACGCCUGCACCUCCUAUGGUGCGUACCACGGGCCGAAAUUUUGACAAAUAUCCUACGAAAGUCGACCCCUUCUACAGACACAGCCUUUUCCACUCGUAUCCGCCUCCGGUACCCGGUAUUCCGCCCGUCAUCCCACCGGUGCCCGGAAUUCCACCCGUCAUCCCACCCACAGGGCCCUUCAGCUCGCUCCAAGGAGCGUUCCAGCCCAAGACCACAAAUCCAUUAGAUGUGGCAGCCAGACCUGGAGCUGUCCCGCACACACUUCUUCAGAAAGACCCACGGCUGACAGAUCCAUUCCGGCCCAUGCUCAGGAAACCAGGGAAAUGGUGUGCCAUGCAUGUCCAUAUUGCCUGGCAAAUCUAUCACCACCAACAAAAAGGAAAGCAGCAGAUGCAGGUCGAUCCUCACAAGCUGGAUUUUGGUCUCAAGCCAGAAUUCCUGAGUCGGCCCCCAGGUCCCAGUCUCUUUGGCGCAAUCCACCACCCCCACGAUUUGGCACGACCCGCCACGCUUUUCUCAGCAGCGAGUUCCGCGCAUCCCUCCGCCGCUCCAUUCGGACCGCCUCCACCUCACGCCACCACCUUCCUGACGCCGGCACCUCACUUGGAGCCCUUCAACAGACCACCAUCGUUUGGAGGUCUCGGCGCGUUAAGCAGUACAGCCUUCGGGGGCCUGGGAAACCCAGCGCUUACUCCGAACUCUGUCUUCGGGCAUAAGGACUCCACCAACGUCCAGCAGCACUUUGGUGCUGGCCAUGAGCCUUGGAACAGGCUGCACCGCACACCCCCAUCUUUCCCCACCCCACCUCCCUGGCUGAAACCCGGAGACUCCGAACGCAGCACCUCCGUCAGCUCCCAUGAAAGGGACCGGGACAGAGACUCGGACAAGAGGGACUCUUCCAUUGGUAAAGAGGACAAAGAUCGAGAUGCUGUGGACAAGCGGCAUCCGAGCCACCCUUCUCCAGCCCCCAUCAACCCCCUCACCCUGCUGGGCCGGACGUCCGAUGCCCCCCGCAGCCAGUUUGUACCCAGCGAGCCGCGGGACAAAGACAAACACAAAGAGCGAGAGCGGGAAAAGGAGCUGUCCGACUGGAAAGAUCCCAGCGCGGACGAGCACAAGCCGAAGGAGAAUCACCAUGACGACAAAGGCACAGCCAUCAUCUCGGACGGGCGUACGUCCGAGGACAAGCCGGCCAAUCGGGCGACGGCGUCGCCGUACGUGAGGCCAGCAGGCCUGGAGAGGAUGAACGGCGGGAUGAGCGGCGACAGCGCCGAGAAGAAGAACAGCGAGGUGAAGGUGAAGGAAGAGAGGAAAGAGGAGCCAGACGGAGCUACAGGCAGGUCCCCGGAACAGAGAUCCACCCCCCACGCUCCUCCACCCCCUGGCAGCCUCCACCCACCCCCCUCUCUGGGAGUGCCCACGGGCAUGGCCGGGGUACACCCCAUGAACAGCGUCAGCAACCUGGAGAGGACUCGCAUGGUGGCCCCCUUCAUGGGCAUCAGCCCUAUCCCCGGGGCGGACAGGUUUCCUUACCCUGCCUUCCACUGGGACCCGAUGAGGGACCCCUACAGAGGGCUGGACAUCCACCGGCGGGACCCGCUGGGCCGGGACAUGCUCCUGAGGAGUGAUCCCCUGCACCGGCUGGCCACGCCGCGGCUCUACGAGGCGGAGCGCUCUUAUCGGGACCGCGAGCCACAUGACUUCAAUCGCGACGGCUCUCAAGGGCUGACUCUGGAGCAGAGGCGGGAGCAUGAGAGGGCGCACCUCGAGGAGCGUGAGCGACUGCACAUGCUCAGAGAGGACUACGAGCACGGACGCCUGCACUCCAUGCACCACGCUGCACUAGACGGACACCUUCCCCACCCUGGCCUCAUGGCGCCGGGGUUACCCAGCAUGCACUACCCUCGUGUCAGCCCCUCUACGGCUGCGGUCGCUGCAGCAGCCGCCCAUCAGAACGGAAUCCUGAACAAAACGCCGCCCACUGCAUCCCUCAGUGCACCACCACCCCUCAUCCCAACGCUCGGCACUCGGGCAGCCUCUCCCAGACGGACCACCCCUUUGAGCACAGAUGUCAGAGACAGACCGCCCUCACACGCCCAUAAAGACAUUGAGGCACGGUGAGACCAGACACAUACGCGCCCAAGAUUUGUGCCUGAUGGACUAAACAUAACCAAGCACUUAGUUAUUGGGCUAUAGAAUAUGUACUAUAACUGUACAGAACCUUCAUUAUCUUUUGUGAUUUAUUUUUUUUAGUUGGUUGUUUUUGUUUUUUUGUUUGUAAAAAAAAAAAAAACAAGAAGAAAGUUGCUAAACAAAAGUGGAAAUUCUACCUGCCAUUUCAUUCAGUUUGAUCCUAAUUUGUCUAUGAAUUUUUAAUUUGGAUGAUGAUCUCAAGCGAUUAGGAAACUGUAUAAUGCAAACCAAGGACAUCCCCACACAGUCAAGUUUUUGGAAUGUACAGGUACUUUAAUUCACUGCAAGAUGGAAAAUGUAGAUAUUUGUAUAGUUAGUGUGAUCACUCCUUAAGGAUAAAAUGAAGGUACCAAUAUGCAAAUAGCUGUCAUGAAAGCUUUACUUUAAACAAUUGUACAUAAUCGAUAAACAAAACUAAGAAUGCUCUCUUUCGCAGAAUGGUUUUAGCUCAGUCAGCAUGGUGUUUAAGUUUCACAUUUCUCCAACAACCUCUUUUACCCUUUCAACUAUGCAACUCAUGCCUUGACUCUCCUACAUUCUGUCUGUUUGCCCCUCACACACCCUUCUUUGAGGGCCAGAAUUUUCUCUUUAAAAUUGUAUUCUUUAUACAACCUGAACCCCAUCCUUAAUUAUAGUGCCAAGACACGUAUGACUCUCCAUUUCAAUUGCAGCUGUAUCUUAGCUAGAUCUAAAAGAAAUAAAAUGUGCACAAAAACCAAAUUUCUGAAGUACAUCUCAACUCGCACUGAAAACUCCUUAUUGUGUUUAGUUAUGUUAAUGCAACUGGGAGUUGUGUGAACCUGUGGAGACAAUCUUAUAAAUACAUAUUCAAAAUAAUUUAUUCUCAGAAAUACAGACAGAUACCAGAUCCCUUAUGUCUUUCCAUGAAAGUUAGUCAUUUCUGAUUUUAAAGGACAGCUUGUUCUGAAGGGAACACAGCGGAACCAAGACGACAUUUCCUAAAGCCUAGGAGGUUAAAGAUGUGUUGGGAACAAGAAUAGCGGCUCCCCUUGGUUCAAUGGUGUAUUAAAGUGCUAUCUUAAGUUAUCUACAAAAUUAAAAAGACAAAAGUCUAAACCUUCAGACCAUUUGUUUUUAAUGAGCAGAGAUAUAUUUUAGUAGUUCAUUAACAGUUUAGAUGUGUGCUUUAAAACUGUCAAAUUCUAAUGUUGUGCAGUGGGGUUUUUUUGGUUGGUUGUUUUUUUUGGGGGGGUUGUUUUUUUGUUUUUUUUUUAUUUUUAUCCAACACUAAAAAUUGUCCACUGAAGUAGUGGGUAGUCAAUAUGUAUUGCAAAGAGAUUGUUAACAAGAACUUUUUUGCUGUUUAUCAUGUAUGUAAAAAUUGAAGUCCUUUCUAGAUCAUGUACAAAGGAAGAAAACAGUAAGGCGAUUGGACAUUGGGCAUGCUCCUCCGUUACACUUGUGUUAUUUAAAUUGUGCCAUGUUAUUAAAAAAAUGUGAAUUCUCUCUGC